CGAUGGUUUUUCCUGCGCCGUGCCGGCCGCUCUAGCCGCCGCCGGCGUUGACUCGUUGGUUUCCGUCCGGGGGCGGGGGGGGCCCGCUCGCUGGUGCGCUCCGCACGUGGGAGAGUCGCGCGCGCCCCGCGCCCCGCGCCCGCGGUCCUCAUGUUCGAGGAGCCCGAGUGGGCCGAAGCGGGGCCCGUGGUCGCGGGCCUCGGGCUGGUGACCUCCAGGGCCCCGCCAGCAACAGCCCCCAAAGUCAAGGGCCGCAAGCGCCGCAAGCUCUUGGCCACAUUACGGGCCCUGGAAGCAGCAUCUCUUUCCCAGCAACCCCUGAGCCUGCCUGGCAGUGACUCUGAAGAGGAAGAUGGAGAAAGGAAGAAGAAACACUGCCCAGAGCCUUUGCUUUCCAGUGCUUCUGCUGGCACAGGGGGGAAAAGGAAGAAGAAAUGUCAAACACAGACUCCACCUCCCAGUGAUUCUGAGGACAAGGGAGUAGAAAGGAAGAAGGGCCACAAACAAACUCUUCUUGACAUUGACUGUGCUGAAGGAAAAACAAAGAGGCAAUGCCAGAAACAAGCCCCUUCAAACCUAAUCCAGCCUCUGAAUAAUGUUGACCGAUCAGGUAAAGUCUUGGAGAAAAGUGCUACAAAUGACCCACCUAAGCCAAGCCCUGGGUUGACUUCCCCCGACACGCCCCACACCUUGAGCCGCAAGCAGUGGCGGAACCGGCAGAAAAACAAGCGGAGACACAAAAACAAAUUUCGGCCACCUCAGACAUCAGCCCAGGCUCCUGCUGAGGCCUCCACAGAGGAGACCGAGGUGCUUCCUGUUCCCAGAUCAGACAGCCAGGAAGCCCGGGGAGAGGCCCUGCGAGCUCGGAUGACACAGCGGCUGGAUGGAGCCCGAUUCCGCUACCUCAAUGAACAGCUGUACUCGGGGCCCAGCAGCGCUGCCCAGCGCCUCUUCCAGGAAGACCCUGAGGCUUUUCUCCUCUACCAUCGAGGUUUCCAGAGCCAAGUGAAGAAGUGGCCCCUACAUCCAGUAGAUCGAAUUGCCAAGGAUCUUCGCCAGCGGCCUGCAUCUUUGGUGGUGGCUGACUUUGGCUGUGGGGAUUGUCGCCUAGCAUCCAGUGUCCGGAACCCUGUACACUGCUUUGACUUGGCUUCUCUGGACCCCAGGGUCACUGUGUGUGACAUGGCCCAGGUGCCUCUGGAGGAUGAGUCUGUGGACGUGGCUGUGUUUUGCCUUUCACUGAUGGGAACCAACAUCAGGGACUUCCUAGAGGAGGCAAAUCGUGUGCUGAAGCCAGGGGGUCUCCUGAAGGUCGCCGAGGUCAGCAGCCGCUUUGAAGAUGUUCGGGCCUUUCUGAGGGCUGUGACCAAGCUGGGGUUCAAGGUCCUCUAUAAGGACCUGACCAACAGCCACUUCUUUUUGUUUGAUUUUGAAAAGACUGGGCCCCCUCAGGUAGGACCCAAAGCUCAGCUCUCAGGCCUGAAACUUCAGCCGUGUCUGUACAAGCGCAGGUGACCUCUGGGAACUCCUUCAGAGGAGAGGAGGCGAGGUCAGACGUUGAAGACUGUAUUGCCAGGCUGUGAGCCAGGACCUGAUGCUACGAUAGAACUGCUGGCUCAGCUCCUAUCUAACGAAGCCUUCUGGGCAUAAAGUCACUUGGAUUGGUUGCAGGAAAAGGUGUUGAUUGCAAGAACACGGAAAUGUGUGGGAAUCAUGAAUGGCCUUACAUAUCAUGAAAACUAGUUGGUUUGGAACUGGUGCAUCUGUGUAUGAUUCCUCUUUCCAUCUAGGCACACAGGCUUUUUGUCCUGGCCUCUCUACCCUGCUGUCUACUGACCUGUUCUAACCAGCCCUUACUCUACCAUAGAUUCUACUCCUUCAACUUCAUUUUAUCCAGACCUUGGAAACUGCAGACAAGCAGCUCAUGCUUUGACCAUUCCAAUCUAGCCUACCACUUAGAGCUGAGAGUCUAAAUUUCAAAUAUUCCAUUCCUCAUUUAGACAGUGGUGAAAUUUCUGUCUUGCAGAAUUGUUCUGUGGGAUAACUCAGGGGAUGGAUAGGCAGAGUUGAGAACAUAGGAGGUGCUGUGUAUUAAUUAACUACCUGUGUACAUGUUGUAAACUUUGCUGUUUUUUUAAAGGGCAUCCCUGAGCUGGGUUGGAAGUUAAUGGGAAAAGAAUGAAUUUAUUGUGGCUGGGAAUGUGGCUUUGUGGUAGCAUGCUUGCCUAGCAUGCAUGAGGCCCUGGGUUCAAUUCCUGGGAACCACUUAAAUAAAAUAAAUUUUUAAAAAAAGAAUUUGUUGACUGAGGAAUUCCUGGCAGUUUUGUGUAGACCGUUCAGUGAACUCAUUUCAUGAGGCAUUUAUAGACUCUUGCAUUUAUAGUUUCAUCAGUCAAUCCAGUGAUGUGGUCGCCUCUAUCUGGUCAUGAAUCUAAAAGAGAUUCAUCUGGAAAAGUUGCGUGCUGAGGGAUCACCCAGAGCUCAUUCUUUGUAGAUGAAAUCAAAGACCAGGAAGCAAAGGAGUUUUAGGUGUUCAGCAUGUAAGUGGUGGAUUGUUAAAAGUUCACACGAGUAGGAGAGUGAAGUUAGGUUGUCGUAUUCGAAUAAUCAAGCAAAUGUCCUGGGAAUUACGAGGUUGUCAUCAGAAUUAGAAUGCUUGAAUUAUUAAUUUUGGAAGCAGAUCAGCUCCAAGUGAUGGCAAAAUGUUGGGUGUAGCUUCAGGGGCGAGUCCCUGGGGAGGUGAGAAGGUAAGGUUGCCAAGAGGUCAGGUAUUAUGGAUGGGAGCACUGAUACAUCUAGGGUAGUAGUAAAAGUUGGCAGCUUCUUGAGGGAGGGAGAGGAUCCAGGACAUCAAAGGGAGUGGAACAGGAUGGCACACAUUUCAUAAUAGCAGAAAGUUUACAAUAGCUUACUAGAAAGACUUCCAUGUUAGGGGUGGUAUGAGGCUGGUGAGUAGCUGACUGCCAAAUAGCCAAUAAAAUUCCUUUAACUGUCCUCUUCAGCUGCUCAGGUUCAUGGCGCUUCUAGGAGGACCUGCCACGCCCCAUAAAGCAGGAGCUUCCUGGCAUAACUCUGUGAGAGGCAAGCCACAGAGAUAGUGAAUGUGUGAGCAGCACAGCAUAAGAUACAUAUCACCUUCCUAUAGUUCCAUGUUCGUGGUUUUCCUGAUUAUUAUUUCUAUCCCUAGGUCUGGAUUAUUUUUUCUGUUUUCUUACCAUAGUCAGCAGGAAAGCUGAGGUCUGUCUUUUCCCUCUCCACUUUCCUUCCUUAUAGUUUGGAUUUGCCUAUUCUGACCCCAGCCACCUGAAUAAACAUCUCUAGAUCUGACUCACACCAGGCUUUCCCUUCUUCAGCCCAGCCCCCAUUAGUGGUGCCCAAAAGCAAGACUCUCCUGAGCCAUCAGCUUUAGGAUUUUCAUUCAAAUCUAGUCCCAAGCUUCUGUAUCUAGGGUUAAGAGCCUGGGCUUGUUAUUAAGAAACAACAGUAUGCCCUCUGUUUAAGAAACUAGAGACGGUGUGAGUAGAUCAGAUUGAAGGAAGAGGUAGAGUAGGAGGAGGUAAAGGAGAGGUCAGUGGUGAGAGGCAGAGGGAUCGUAAAUAAAGAGGGCAGGAUGGGAGGAUAGUGGUAUAGAAUUGCUUUGUAGGAAGCUUGUUACUCUCAACCCCUCCUUUGUGGGGCCAGGUGUCUGCCCUCUUACCUCAAAUCUGGUUGAGGACCCCAGUGGAAUCAUUUGGGAAGCAUGAAGUAUUUAUUCCUACCACUGAGAAAUGAUGAGGCCAGAAGCUAACCCCUGCCCUGGAAAUGUAUACCAGCUGUUUCAAAGGUGGGGCCGGGGAAUGCUGCUGCUUUGGCACUGGCCCUCAUGCCCAGAAUUUGCCCUCGCAAGCAGUGCAUAAAUUUCUCCUCUGUGUACCUUGUAGAAGGAAGGGGGUAUGGGGCAUGGGAUGGUUUUGGACCCGUUCAUGUCCAGUAGGACCAUUUUGAAGAGGAAAUGAAGUCAACACAAAGAAGCAAGGAGCGAGCUAUCUGGACUGGGGCGGUCAUUUCAGGGGACUACCCACAAUAGGUGCUUCAUCUCCCUGCCUCCAGGGGGCAGCAGGAAUAUUCCUCCUUUAAAUACUAACUAGGUCCCUAGGCCACAAAAGUCACCCAGUUAAGCCAGACUUAUUUAUCCUCUUUCCCCUUUCUCAAUUCUAUAAUGUGGAGAGAGGGCGCUGCUACCCAAGCAGACAGCAAAGCCCUUCCUCUAUCCACCAAAACAGGCUGCUUG